AUGCACAAUGAAAGAAGGCCUCGAUUCGAGCUGGGAAAGCAAGAUCCAUCUACUGGUAGAGGCAGAUCUUCUUCCCCUUCGCUUUUCUUCAAAAGCUCUUCCUCAUCCAACCUUUUGAGGCUUAGGAAGGCCCACUCGCCAAGUAAGGAACCCAGAAGCACGUCGUCGUCGCGUGCCACGCUCGACUCUCUCGUCUGCAACAAGGAACAAAACUCUGCCAGCUCUUCCUCGAGUAAUAUGAUGGUAGAUGUCCUUCCAUCCUUCGAGCUCUACAACACCUUGCAUAGGCACAUCCCUCAAGGUAACGUGAAUCCCGAUCUGCACGAUUACCCACCAACAUACCAGGAGGUGCAAUCUCGUGCACCCACUUUGACCCCAGAUUCACAUGAGACAACUACGGUCGCGAAUGCUUCCUCGACAUCUGUGGAUAGUACCGCACAUGGAGGUCGCAGCUCUAUAUCAGGAGAUCAGCUUUUGAAUCUCGAAGCUUUAAGCACUUUGCAUGAGCCCAUUCAGGAUGAUUUGGGUGACUCUGACAAUAUCUACAUUGACAAACUCUACUCGCUCCCCAAGCUCACGACCCCAAUCGAGAUCAGCAUCCGCGUAACAAAGGAACCUGCCGUGGCUGAUAGGAAGGUGGAUGAUGAAUCGAUCUUGAAAGAGUAUACUUCGGGGGACAUUAUUCAUGGCUAUGUUGUGAUUGAGAAUAGGUCAACUCAGCGUCAAAAGUUUGAAAUGUUUUAUGUGACAUUAGAAGGACGCGCAACUUCUGUGGACAGAGAAUGCGGUAAACGUACGGUUAAGAGGUUCUUGAGAAUGGUUGAUAUCAGUGCUAGCUGGUCCUAUUCUAACAUCGACGUUUCAAACGGCGUGAGCUAUGUUCCGGGCCGAAGAGAUUUCGAGAACUGUGUCAUUGGACUCAACAACAAUAGGGUGCUGGAACCUCAUGUUAGAUACAAAAAGUAUUUCAUGUUCAAGCUCCCUACUCAUUUGUUAGAUGUCUCUUGUAAACAUCAACAAUUCUCACACUGCCUAGUCCCGCCUGCUUUUGGUAUUGACGUCACCAAGGCUAGUGGAAAGUACUCGAGCAUAAAGGUUAACCCCAUGCUGGGAUACGGCCAUCUGGGGACCAAAGGUUCGCCCAUUCUCACAAACGAUUUAUCGACUGAGGACGUGUCGAUCAACUAUACCAUCGACACAAAAGUUGUGGGGAAAGACUCUAAAAGCAAGAAACUCAACAUUUUGAAGGAACGCGAGUAUAAUCUUCGAUUCAUACCAUUCGGGUUUUGCCGACCUUUCUCCGGAGAGAGGGCGCCACUCAACCAACUCCAAGACAUGUCAAAACUCAUUCAGGAGAGAAUCGAAGCUUUGAAAAAGGUUUUCAAACGGCUAGACACAAAUGAAUGCAUCACAAGCGAGGAUCUUCAUAAUACAGACAUAAGUGGAACAGCAGUUGAUCCCACAGAUGUUGACUCCGAAGAUAUAAUGAGACGUAAGCUAGACCAGCUAUACGUUAGCAACCGCGUCGAUCCCGUUUGUUCCUCUUUUCCACUAAGAAGCUCUAAAAUCAACAAAGACAAGGACAAAAAGGUGGAGGUAGAGUUCAAAUACAACUACAAAGACAAGCAGAAAUCUGCCAACAAACUAAAAAAGGGAAUAUUUGGCAGCUUUGGACCAUCUACCCAAUCACAUUCUACACAACCAACAUCUUCCAAUAAAUCAGGCAUCAUCAUCAUAACCUCAAAAAUACCCAAAAGAGGUCUCCCCUACGUGGAGCCAUCCCUACUCAAAAAGACAAAUAAACUGGAGAGCAAGAGCGAACAGAAUCAAGAAAAUUGGUACAACCUUCAGGCUUCCCUGCCUGAUAAAGAAAAGGAAAUCUUAUCCAGCUUCGACAUAGGCCUAAGGUGCAUCCAAGCCAACAACUGCAAAUCCCACCUUCCCCCACAGAUCCAAACAGUCACUACUGAACUCAUUUGUAUCACAGCAAAGUCAAUAAACUCAAUUCCAAUUAAGCUAAAUGCUGAUUUGUUGUUGAAGAAAGAAAGGUUGGAUGACAUUCAAAAGGUGUUCAAGGCUUUCAAGGCCGAGAUGGUUGAAUUGAAGGCAAAGUUUGAUGAAAAUUUUGAGCAGCUGAACGAGCUAUUCAGCAAGUCAAGAAGAUCAAGUAUUCAUCAGGAGCUUAAAUUUACUGACUUUUUGUCUGAACAGCUCAUGACUAAUAUUGAGAGUAUAUGCACACUGCGUACUGACGUUAGAUCUUUACACAACAUAUUCAAGAAGCAGUCACAAACUCUGGAGAACGACGACAAAAUCAGCGACUCGGCGCCCAAUAAAAGCGCGAGUACUGCCAGCAUUUUAUCGAACACAUUUAGCGGUUCUUCGUCGAACAGUAGCGUUCACACUUCGACCGCCGAGAAACUCAAAAACCAACUGCUUCACGAGUGGGUGAAGACUGGUGAUGGGGAAUACGAAAGAACUGUCACCGUUAACCUCCAUAUGAACGAUGAUAUCAAGGAAACAUUGAUUCCAACAUUUGAAAGUUGCUUGAUUUCAAGACUGUAUUGCAUACGGGUAAACAUCAAAUUUGAGGGUCAAUUAGGGGUUGCGACCGUUGAUGUACCUGUUCAGAUUAGAAUGUUAGAGCCAUGA